AUGAAAAAGAAAUAUCUUUCUUUUCUUGUUGUAAUUAUUUUCGUUGCUGGUCAGGUGCAUGGUGAUAAAUGUCGUGCUUAUACAGGCAAUGAAGAUGAAUAUAUGUCCUUGGAGUACCUUGCAAACUAUGGAAAUGUUUCGAUGACGCUGAGUAAAAGGGAGGUUACUCUUGGAGUGAGUUUUUGUCGGCCAAAAAAUUUUUCUUCUUUUUCUGAGCAGUGUGGUUCUGGAUAUAUGAUUAUGUACGAAAAGGGUUGCGAGGGUGUUUUUGUUUUUUCAGGGAACCUGAGCCGUAAAAACAAAACACUUUUCUUCACACUCCGAUCCACUCAAAAACUGAUGGCGAAUGUAUACGUGGAUUGCGACGAAAACUUGAUUGAUUUACGUGUCUUGUCUGCUACUGAAACAGGGAACAUGACGUACGAGUUUCGUCUCGCAUCCAUGACUGUCUGCCCCGGAUAUAACCCAUCUGGAAGUGACAACUUUCUCUCGAAAGGUUAUAUUAUUGCUAUUGUUACAGGAAUUGUUGGAGUGGUUAUUGUUGCAGCCGCUCUUUUUCAGUGGAAGUCUAAAAAUCGUUCAGAUGAAGAUUAUAGUCAGCUUAUUUAG